CUAAGGUUUUGGGUUGAAAUUGAAUCCAUAGACAAGAAUUCAGAUUGCGAUCAUUUCACUAAUUUGAUUAGAAGAAACGAUAUUCUAAUAAAUUUGUUUAUGCAUGUUAGGAUUGGGAAUAAAUCUUAAAUAUAAAUCUUGAAAGAGACUUUACCAAAGUAUUCUAAACCAAAUAAUACUGUUUGUAGAGUUAAGAAAAUCAUAAGGGUUGCCUAGAAUUAUGCUGAUUUGCACUUUAAAUAUUGAGACUAAUUCAGAUAGUUUAAUUUAAGAAAAGGUUUCAAACUAUAUUAUCUCCAUAAUCAUAAUGUUAUGUGGGUCAUUCCCAACUUUUUAAUAAGACAAGUGAA